AUGGCCGGCGGCGGCGCCAUCUCGCUCCUCGUCGCGGGGCUCGCCCCCCUCAGCUCAGCCACGGCGGAGCUCCCGUGGCUCCACCACCCCGCCAAGCCCAACGGCUCUAUCAGCCUCCUGGUGGUCGGCGACUGGGGGAGGAAAGGGGCGUUCAACCAAUCAGCGGUUGCCCAUCAGAUGGGAAGGGUCGGAGAGAGAUUGGAGGUUGACUUUGUCGUGUCCACCGGGGAUAAUUUCUACGACAAGGGGUUGACGGGGAUUGACGAUGAAGCCUUCGAGAAGUCCUUCACCAAGAUCUACACGGCCCGGAGCCUGCAGAAGCCAUGGUACAGCGGUGAGCCUCAUCCGUUGACCACCUCUCCGGCAGUCCCUCCGGCAACAAGAAGGUGAAGGAAAAUACCCUAAAAUUGAAACAAAAUUGUUGCAGUGUUGGGGAACCAUGACUACCGGGGAGACACUCUCGCCCAGCUGAGCCCCGCUCUCCGGGAGAUCGAUGGGCGUUGGAUCUGCAUGAGAUCUUUCACUUUGGACGCAGGUCGUCCUCUCUCUCUCUCUCUCUCUCUCUCUCUCUCUCUCUCUCUGUGUUUCGUUCGGAAGAGAAAUCUUACUCCGAAUGGGUGGUGCUUCUCUGAGGCAGACGUCGCCUAGUUCUUCUUCGUUGACACGACGCCUUUCGUGGGGAGAUACUGGACCGAUCCAGACGGGAUCCACUAUGAUUCCAGAGGCGUCGCUCCGAGGGAAAAGUACGUCGCCAACACCUUGAAGGUACAUGCUAUCCACGGCGUCGACUCUGGGUUUCUCCGCAGCACCGCGUUGACUCUCUCCCCCCACAUGAACGUAGGACCUGGAGGCGGCGCUGAGGGCUUCUCCGGCGAGGUGGAAGUUCGUCGUUGGCCACCACGCCAUCCGGAGCGUCAGCGUCCACGGCGACACCAUGGAGCUUGUCAAGCAACUCCUCCCUGUCCUCAAGGUAGCCCAUCACCUCAGCAUCCUAGAUUAGCCCCAGAUCCAUAAAUUCGACAUAUAUUUUUAUAAAUAACUACCAUAUUCGUUAUUUUUUUUGUCUAACUCGAUAAAUUAAUAUAUCAUUUUCAGUUAUUUUUAAUAUAAUCUCAAUAAUAAUAAUCCAUGUAAUGUAUGUAUUAUGAUUUUCUAUAAAAAAAUCACAAAAUUGUAAAUUAUCAAAAUAUAAUCCCGCAUAAGAAAUUAUGUACCCAAUCUUGACGAGAUUCCCCGCAAAUUUCUUCCAGGCGAACGGCGUCGAUCUCUACAUCAAUGGCCAUGAUCACUGCCUUGAGCACAUCAGCAGCAACGACAGGUCAAAGAAUGACUCCGAGAUGAUAAUCAUGAUUGUCAUCAUCACAAUCAGCAGAUCACUGCCUUCGAUUAGGGGUUUCGUAUAAUAACCUGUUUGUUCUGGACUCUAUGAUUCUUUCAGCCCGAUUCACUUCCUGACGAGCGGAGCCGGCUCGAAGGCGUGGCGAGGGAUUUACACACCUAACACAGACAAGCUGAGGUUUUUCUACGACGGGCAGGGUUUCAUGGCCAUGGAGCUGACGAGGGACCGUCUCCAGGUCGCCUUCUAUGACGUCGCCGGAAAGGUCCUCCACCGAUGGAGCGCCGCCAAGGAUCUCCACCCCUUCAUGUAG